ACAACUACCACUAGUCUUUAAUGGUUGUCGGAACCACUCUUCUUCCCUCCCUGGUUUCUACAGCCAACCUCCAUUUCUUCUUCUUCUACUUCAUCUCUCUGUGUAGAAUCACACAGAAAAAUCUCAUCUCCAGCUCUAGGUCUAUCAAUGGCUACAGAUCUUCUACUAAGACUCUCUCUCUCACCAACACCAUCAGCAACAAGACUGAAUCACUCCAGAAAUCCAGUUUUCUUGAGAAAUGCACAAAUCUCUAGACAAAAAUCAUCAACUAGAAGAAGAAACAGCACAAAUUUCGUCACAAUCAGAUCAAAAGCAGUAGAAAUUGGUUCUUCUUCAACUUCAGAUGCAAAUUUACUAAAAUACCCUCAAGAAGAACUGGAGAAGAGAGGAGUAGGAGGAGAAACUACAGUACUACUUGAUGUAUCAGGAAUGAUGUGUGGAGGUUGUGUAUCGAGAGUUAAAUCAAUAUUAUCAGCAGAUAAAAGAGUUGAAUCAGCUGCUGUGAACAUCUUGACUGAAACAGCUGCUGUCAAAUUAGUCAUGAAUAAUAUAGAAGGAAAUGAUGGGGGUGUGAGUAUUGGGGAGGAACUGGGGAAGAGAUUGACUGACUGCGGGUUUCCGUCGAAGACCAGGAAUUCGGGGAUGGGAAUUGAUGAGAAUUUAAAGAAAUGGAAGGAAAUGAAUGAGAAGAAAGAAAUGAUGUUGAAGGAGAGUCAGAGCAGGGUGUUGAUUGCUUGGGCACUUGUGGCUUUGUGUUGUGGAUCUCAUACUUCUCAUAUUCUGCAUUCUCUUGGGAUUCAUGUUGCUCAUGGGUCUUUUCUGGAUAUACUGCACAAUUCGUAUGUGAAAGCUGGUUUGGCGGUGGUGGCUCUGUUGGGACCAGGGAGAGACUUGCUAUUUGAUGGAGUGGGAGCAUUUGCUAGGGGUUCACCAAAUAUGAACUCUCUAGUCGGUUUUGGAUCUGUUGCUGCAUUUAUUAUAAGUGCGGUGUCAUUGCUGAAUCCUGAGCUUGAAUGGGAUGCAUCGUUCUUCGAUGAACCGGUCAUGCUUCUGGGUUUUGUACUUCUUGGACGAUCUUUAGAAGAGAAGGCAAGAUUGAAAGCUUCAAGUGACAUGAAUGAGCUAUUAUCCCUAGUGUCAUCUCAAUCUCGAUUAGUGGUUACUUCCUCGGAAGCUGACCCCUCUAUAGAGGAUGUACUUAGUUCUGAUGCUGUCUGCGUUGAAGUCCCUACUGAUAAUGUUCGAGUUGGAGACACAGUGUUGGUUUUGCCUGGAGAGACGAUUCCAGUUGAUGGGAGGGUUUUAGCAGGCAGAAGUGCUGUGGAUGAAUCCAUGCUCACUGGAGAAUCUCUUCCUGUUUAUAAGGAAAGAGGACUUACAGUUUCAGCCGGGACAGUGAAUUGGGAGGGUCCGUUAAGGAUUGAAACCACAACAACUGGCUCUAUGUCAACAAUUUCCAAGAUUGUUCGCAUGGUUGAGGAGGCUCAAGGAAGUGCAGCACCUAUCCAAAGAAUUGCAGAUUCAAUAGCAGGGCCUUUUGUAUACAGUAUAAUGACAUUAUCUGCGGCAACGUUUGCUUUCUGGUAUUCCAUUGGGACAGACAUCUUUCCUGACGUGUUGCUGAAUGACAUUGCUGGGCCAGAGGGAAAUCCAUUGCUCUUGAGCUUGAAGCUUGCGGUUGAUGUCCUGGUAGUUUCUUGCCCUUGUGCAUUGGGCCUUGCUACACCCACAGCUAUCCUAGUUGGUACCUCACUCGGGGCGAAACAAGGACUUAUUAUAAGAGGAGGAGAUGUUUUGGAACGUUUGGCUGGGAUAGACUAUGUUGCUUUGGACAAAACGGGAACUCUGACAGAAGGAAAACCUGCAGUCUCAGCUGUGGCUUCUUUGUCAUACGAGGAAUCAGAAAUUCUUCGUCUCGCAGCAGCAGUCGAAAAAACGGCAUCCCAUCCCAUUGCUAAAGCUAUCAUAAAUAAAGCAGAGUCCAUGAAUUUGGAUAUACCUAGCACGAAAGGACAACUAACAGAGCCAGGUUUUGGAUGCUUGGCAGAAAUUGAUGGAUCAUUGGUUGCGGUUGGUGCAAUUGAUUGGGUUCACAAACGUUUUGAGAAAAUGUCGGAACCAUCCAACUUAAUGGAGCUGGAAGAUAUUGUGAAACAUCUCUCAUCAAAAGGAAUAACAUCUUCGAACCACUCACAGACAAUUGUUUAUGUUGGCCGGGAAGGAGAAGGUGUCAUUGGUGCCAUCGCAAUAUCCGAUAGUUUACGCCAUGAUGCAGAAUCUACUGUAGAUAGGCUACAGAAACAGGGGAUCCAGACGGUCUUAUUAUCAGGUGACAGGGAAGAGGCAGUUGCAACCAUAGCCCAGACAGUUGGAAUAGGAAGUGAAAAUGUGAAUGCAUCUCUCACUCCACAGCAAAAAUCUGGUUUUAUAUCAUCUCUUCAGUCUCAGGGUCAUCGGAUUGCAAUGGUAGGAGAUGGAAUAAAUGAUGCACCAUCUCUUGCUCUUGCUGAUGUUGGGAUUGCUUUACAAAUCGAGUCUAAAGAAAAUGCAGCGUCGGAUGCAGCAUCUGUCAUUCUUCUUGGUAACAGACUUUCACAGGUGGUCGAUGCGCUGGACCUUGCAAAGGCAACAAUGGCAAAAGUCCAUCAGAAUCUGCUAUGGGCAGUUGCAUAUAACGUUGUUACAGUCCCAAUUGCUGCUGGAGUACUACUUCCUGGUUUCGACUUUGCCAUGACACCUUCAAUAUCUGGUGGUUUAAUGGCUUUGAGUUCUAUAUUUGUCGUCACAAACUCACUACUUCUACAACUCCAUGAACCAUCAAAAACGAACCACGUUAAAGAUCAGGUUUCGCCAACAAUCAGAUAAUUCUCACUGCACUAUUUUAAUACCAAGAAAGGAACUUAGUUCCAGACUGGUAUGUGCAUCUAUUCAUUGUUCCACAUUCAUUAGGUUUAUACAUAUGAUACGAGUUUUAAUAAGCAGAUGUAUGCAUUACGGUUUAGCGGAAAGGGUCUAAGACUCAAGUGAGGAUAACUUGUAAAACAACAUUGUAGAAUAUGAAAAUUUGUUGUUCACAAUUAUCGUAAAGGUAAUCAUUCUUCAUUUA